AUGCGUACACUUAUCUAGUGGCAGGAUAUGAUUGUCCUUGUGGCGGUUGCUGAUAGAGUCUUCAUUUAUGAUGCUCACACAGGAGAAAUGAUUAAACAAACUAGAGGUCACAAAGAUUCAGUCUAUUGUAUCGCUUAUUCAAAGGAUGGCUAGAAAUUCGCUACUGGAGGUGCUGAUAAUUCUGUGGUAAUAUGGUCAAGUGCUGGAGAAGGACUUUUAAAGUACAAUCACAAUGACAAAAUUUAAUGUUUAUCUUUCAACCCAGUUCUCUAAAACUUAGCUAGUUGUUCAUCUAUAGAUUUCGGUCUUUGGCAAGCUGACCAAGCUAAUGUAAAUAAGUAAAAAGUAAACGCCAAAUGCUGUGCCUGUGAUUGGUCACCAGAUGGUUAAAUAUUAGCUAUUGGAUUAGUUAGCGGGUAUAUUUUAGUAAAGGACAAGACUGGAACUGAUCUCUUCACUAUAUAAAAGAGCAACAAUGCCAUUUGGUGCUUAGCUUUCUGCACUUAAAAGUUUGAUACAUCCGAUAACUCACUUAUCGCUGGCUCAUGGGAUUAGAAACUUUCAAUCUAUUAAAUUUCAGGAGGAAAACAGUAUAAAUAAGUUGGUAAUGAUAAGGAUCUAGGAUUUGAUCCUUGCUCAAUUAAUUUCUAUCCUACUGGAGAAUAUAUGACUAUAGCUGGAAGUGAUAAGAAAAUCACUCUCUGGAAUAAAGAAGGUGUACUUUUAGGUACUGUAGGUGAAAUGAAAGAUUGGAUAUGGAGUGUGGCUGUCAAUCCAGUCAGCAAAGGAAUUUUCUCUGGAUCCAAUAACGGAAUCAUCGCUAUGCAUAAUGUUGAAUUCAACACAAUCCAUGGCCUCUACCAAGAUAGAUAUGCUUAUAGAGAAUUAAUGACAGAUGUUAUUAUAUAGCAUUUAGUAACUGAAACUAGAGUUAAGAUUAGAUGUAGAGAUUACAUUAAGAAGAUUGCAAUCUAUAAAGAUAGAUUGGCAGUUUAACUUCCAGAAAAAAUUAUUAUUUACAGUGUAUCUGGAGAAGAUCCCUAUGAUAUGAAAUAUAAGGCCUACAAGAAAAUCAAUAAGAAGAUAGAUUGCAACUUACUUUUUGUUGUUUCUUAGCAUCUCAUCUUAGUCUUUGAGAUGAAAAUCUAGUUACUUUCAUUUAAUGGCAUCCUUGAAAGAGAAUGGGUUCUUGACUCAAAUAUUAAGUAUGUAAAAACUAUAAGUGGUCCUCCCAAGAGAGAAGGUCUCCUUGUUGGUCUUAAAAAUGGAAGUGUAAUGAAGAUUUUUAUCGAUAAUGGAUUCCCUAUUCCAAUCGUCAAAUAAGCCACUCCAAUUAAGGUCGUUGACAUUUCAGCUGACAGAUAGAAAAUUGCAGUAAUUGAUGAAUUUAACAGUUUGUUCGUCUAUGAUAUCAGAUCUUAGUAGCUAUUAUUCUAAGAGAUUAAUGUAUUCUCUGUUGCUUGGAAUCUUGAAAUGGAAGAUAUGAUUGCAUAUACUGGAAAAGACACUUUAUUUAUUAAGACAAGAGAAAUGCCACCUUCCUCUUAAAGACUACCUGGAUUUGUAGUUGGGUUCAAAGGAUCUAAAAUAUUCUGCCUUCAUAGCACUUCAAUGAACACUAUUGAUGUUCCACAAUCAUCAACUUUUUACAGAUUCCUUGAAAAGAAGGAUUUCGCUAUGGCAUAUAAGAUUGCUUGUAUAGGAGUAACUGAAUAAGAUUGGAGAGCUCUGGGUAUUGAAGCUUUACUAGACAAAAAUUUCUAUCUAUCUAGGAAAGCAUUCGUUAGAAUUAGAGAUCUUAAAUUCAUUGAUCUUUGUGAUCUUGCUGAGUAAAUGAAUCAAAUGAGAAACUUAAAUGAGCAUUGGCUAGUUGGAGAAAUUCUUUCCUAUUAAGGAAAAUAUAAAGAAGCAGUCCAAUAUUUCAUAAAGAAUAAUCUUUAAGAUAAAGCUAUAAACUUAUAUACAACUCUCAAAAAAUUCACAGAAGCAAACGAGCUUAUCAAAUAGCUUCCAAAUGGAAAGAGCGAUCCAGUGAUUAUGCAAAAAUAAGCAGAUUAUUUGAGGGAGACUGGACAAUGGAAAGAGGCAGCAGAACUUUAUUAGUAAGCUGGAAAGUAUAAAGAGGCUAUAGAAAUUUAUGGAAAGAGAUAAGUACUUGACUCAGUAAUGGAAGUAUGCAAGAAUCUAGAUAAAGCAAAGAAUAAGGCUGAAAUCGAACUUUGCGCUAAAUAUUUCAGAUAAGCAGGUCAUCAUACUUUUGCAAAAUAAGCUUAUUUGAUGCUUGGAGAUAUUAAAGGAUUGAUGGCGCUCCAUGUGGAACUUCAUAAAUGGGAUGAAGCAUUUAUGCUGGCGAAAUAGAAUUAAGAUCUUUAAAAUGUGAUUUACCUGCCUUAUGCAGACUGGCUUAGUGCUAAUGACAGGUUUGAUGAAGCAUAAGAAGCUUAUAAGAAAGCUAGCAGACCAGAUCUAUCAUUGAGAAUAGUAGAAUUCUUAACUCAUAAUGCUGUCGUAGAGAAGAGAUUCUAGGAUGCUGCUUAAUAUUACUGGAUGCUUGCAGCCGAAUCGCUUUAAUUAAUCAAGGAGGCUGGUCCUAAAGCAACUAAAUAAGACAAAAAAUAUUUAACUCAUUUUGAAGAAUAUAUGAAACUUGCUGAAAUCUAUCAAGCAUAUUAAUUGAUCCACAAAUUUAUAGAGGAAAGCUACUAAGCAGUAAUUCAAGGUCCACUAUUUAACGAAGCUAUUUUCAAUGCAUCAAGAUUCCUUGUUAGCAACCUUGGAAAGAGAUAGCCAGCUGGCAUUAACAAAGUCUACAUCUACUAUGCUCUUAGUUAUUUAGGCUAUAAAUUUGAGGCAUUCAAAACUGCGAGAUUCGGUUAUGAAAAACUUCAAUCGCUCAAGAUUCCAGUAGCUUGGCAAGAUGAUAUUGAUCUUGCAAACUUAAAGGUUAGAGCAAAGCCAUUCUCAGAUAAAGAUGGAUUCUCUGUGAUUUGCAACAGAUGUAUGAACACUAAUGCACUAGUCAAUUCUACUGGAGACAUAUGCACAUCUUGUGGACAUCCAUUUGUCAGAAAUUUCAUCGGAUUUGAUACUUUGCCCUUAGUUGAGUUCUAGCCAAGACCAGAUAUUCCAUAUAAGAAAGUACUAGAAUUCUUGAAAAUGGACCCACCUGAAGAAGCAAAUGGUGCUGUGAGACAAGCUCCAAAGAAAAAGCAAAAGUAAGUUAAAUACUGUUAUAAACAAUAUAGUAGGGGAGAUGGAUGGCAAGAGAAUAAUAAUGAAGAUGAGUAGACCUUAAACUUCUAAUAAGACUAUGGCGAAGAUCUAGAAAACGAUCACUUCACUUAAAAGAUGCUUGAAUGGCUUGAAACUCAGGUAACAGCAGAUUCCUAUAGACCAGUUGAGGUCGACGAAAGAAUUAUGAAAUCCAUGAGGUAUGAGGAAGUUUACGUUGUUGAUUACUCUCAACUUUGUCCAACUCUUUAAAGGAAAUUCUACAAGAAUAUGGUUCCUGAUGUUGCCAUUACAGUAUGCGAGAAGUGCUGCAAAUUCUUUAUGCAGGAUGAGUAUGAAUUCGCCUAUAUGGAGAAAGGCUGUUGUCCAUUCUGUAAGAAUGUAGAGAAAGAUAAGGGUGUCAAGAAUGUUUAUGGAAGUCUUGCAGAUAUCCACCGAUGA